UAGUGACUAAGGAGGAGAAUCUGACUCUUUCUCUUUAAAAAGCAAAGCUGAGGCUUUGUUGCUAGGGGUAGUAUUGUGCUUGGCUCUUGUUUGUACUCUGAAAGCUGCUGCAUAAGAAAACCCAGCUAGAUGUCAGCCACCAACCAGAUGAGCCGCAGUGAAGAAUCCCAGAUGAUAAUCAUGAAGGAGUUCCUGGAUGAGGACCCUGCCCAGGUGGAAAUGCUGAGGAGGACCCUGACAGCUCGCAGGCACAGGAGACAGAAAACGCUACCGGAGGCUGCCGGUCCCCCCGAGCCGCGGGCGGAGGAAAGGAGCCGCGCCAGCAUGGCCGCUGCCCCUGGGGCGCCGCGCGACUUGCCACCUGGUCCUUCUACACUGAGAACAGACUUUGCAGAAUUUUCUGUUAGGGAACGAAUGAGAGAGAAACUAAAAGCAGCGAAGUCAAAAGCAGAAAUUAGUUUAUUGCAAGAAGACCCCAGUCCACGACCAAGGUGUUUAAAAAGCAUCAAAGAAAGGAAAACAGAAGUCAGAUUGGAUGAAGCGUCUGAUAAUGAUAAGUCUAGGGAGAUGCAAGAGGAGGAAUCCCACUUAUCAUCAAAAACAAAGUUUCGUGAUUCUGUAAAAAAGCUUAAGCAAAAGUCAACAUUCCAGAAUGAUUUUCCUUCCGCUGAAGAAGCAUAUAAUUUCUUUACCUUCAGUUUUGAUCCUGAGCCAGAGAAUGUAAAAGCUAGAGCCAGGAAGAGGAAUGAAUUAAAUGAAGAGGAGGAAGCAGAAGAAGAAUGUGUAGAAACCCAUGAGGGUGAAGAAGAGGAGGAGGAAAUGGAUGAAGAUGUACGCCUAGUUAAAGAUGAUGAUUUAUUCGUUAUAGGGCAGACAGCUGAAGAUUUUCUAGUAAUGAAACCUGCUGAUUGUGAAAGCUACUCUGAGCAACUGAAAAAGGAAAAAGAAUUUCUCUUCACUCCCAGCAUGCUAGCAGUGCCUGCUUCUGAGAAGAUACCUAGAAACUUGCAGCCUAGGUACCUUGAGGAUGAGGGUCUUUACACAGGAGAAAGGCCUUUUGUAUCACAGUCUAAUCAAAAUAUUUUAGAAAACAGAAUACUCAGACAGGAGCAAGGGAAAGAGUGGUUUGGUGAUGAUGGCAGAGUCUUAGCAUUGCCUAAUCCAAUUAAACAGUCUUCUACCAGGCCUCCAUUAUUCUUACUGGAAGAAGGCAUUGCACCAGAACUUGAAACAGUGUAUCAAAAGGCAAUAAAAAUGACAGCUGCCAAUCAGUGUCUUGUUGGACCUGGAGAUGUUCAGGGGCUGUUUCAAUUGGAUAUUGAUAUUUCUGGACUAAUAUUCACUCAUCAUCCCUGUUUUAGCCGUGAGCAUGUGUUGGCAGCUAAAUUGGCUCAGUUAUAUGAUCAAUAUUUAGCAAGAAAACAGAAGAAUCUUACCAAACUUCUCACAGACAAGCUGCAUGCUUUGAGGAAUGCUGUGCAAUGUAGUAUAGAUGGUGGUGGUCCUGGUACUCCUGUGGCACAACAGAGCAUACCUGAAUACAAAAUCGAGAUCAGGCAAACCAGAAGACUUCGUGAUGCUGAACAAGAAAAAGACAGAAUGUUGCUUAAGACCAUUAUAAAAGUUUGGAAGCAAAUUAAAUCCCUCCGUGACUUUCAGCAGUUUACUAACACACCCAUGAAACUUUAUUUGAGGAAGGAAGAGGUUGAUCAGAGAUUAGUUGAAAAAGAGUAUGAAGCAGAAAUUCAGGCUGAGAUACAUGAAUUACUAGAAGAAUAUAUGGAAGAAUAUGAAAGGAAGAUGGAAGAGUAUAAAAUUGAGCUACAAGAGUGGAAAUCCUGGAAGAAGGCACAGAAGUCCAAGAAGAAAAAGAAGAAAAAAGAUGUUCAUGAAGAAGAAUCACUAGAAGAUUGUGAUCUUGGUGAGGAACGUGUAAAACCCAUCCCACCUAAAAUGGCCAAUAGCCUGGAAAUAGAGCAGCAGGUUAGAGAAAAAGCUGACAACUGCAGAAGAAAACCUGGAGAACCUGCUCUAAUUCCUGAACUGAUCCUCUCAGGAAGCAUAACUCCAACUGAGCUGUGUCCUCGAGCAGAAGUUUUGCGACGGGAAGAUGUGAAGAAACGCUCAGCAUUUAUAAAGGUACUUUUCAACUCCAAAGAAGUAUCGAGGACUGUUACCCGACCAAUAAGUUCAGAUUUCAGAGUUCACUUUGGACAGAUUUUCAAUUUACAAAUAUUCAAUUGGCCAGAGAGUUUGAAACUACAGAUAUUUGAAACAAUGGGUAUGAGCAGUACCACCUUGUUGGCUGAAGUGUUCAUACCUGUUCCUGAGACUACAAUUCUGACAGGCAAUGCUCCUAUAGAAGAAAUAGAGUUCAGCAGCAAUCAACGUGUGAUGUUGGACCAUGAAGGAGUUGGGAGUGGUGUGUCCUUUUCAUUUGAAGCUGAUGGUAGCAACAAAAUGACUUUAAUGACCUCUGGGAAAGUAUCCAAUAGUGUCUCUUGGGCAGUUGGAGAAAAAGGAAUCCCCUUAAUUCCUCCAGUAUCUCAGCAAAACACAGGCAUUCCAAGUACAUUAAAAAAUACUGAUGCUAUUGCGUCCAUUGGCACUUCGGGCUUAACUGACAUGAAGAAACUAGCUAAGUGGGCAGCGGAAGCAAAACUUGAUCCAAAUGACCCAAACAAUGCAGCUCUGAUGCAGCUGAUCAUGGUUACUACAAGUGGAGAGGCACAUGUACCUGAUUUCUUCAGAUUGGAACAGUUGCAGCAAGAAUUUAAUUUUGUUUCUGAUGAGGAAUUUAAUAGAUCAAAGAGAUUCCGACUCUUGCAGCUCAGAAAUGGAGAGGUGGCUGAGUUCCGAAACUAUAAACAAGUCCCUUUACAUGAACGAGAAAUCAGUGAGAAAAUCUUCCAGGAAUAUGACAAGAGACUGCAAGAGAGGGAUGUGAUUGACAGCAAAAAUUACCUGGAUGCACACAGAGCAGUUGUUGCCAGCUAUCUACAGAAGAUUCGAGAAUCAGUAAUAAACCGUUUCCUCACAGCAAAACACCAUUUCCUUCUUUCUGACCUUGUCAACGAAGAGGAAAUGCCCAGCCUGGGUAUUUUGGGACUCAGCCUCUUUAAACUGGCAGAGCCAAAACGACCAUUAAAGCCAAGAAGAAAAGAAAGGAAGAAGGUCACAGCACAGAAUUUAUCAGAUGGAGACAUAAAACUCUUAGUGAACAUCGCUAGAGCUUAUGAUAUUCCAGUGAGAAAACAGGUGAUGAGCAAACUACACCAGCCAUCUAAAUCUUCAAGGUCCUUUAAUGAGCUGUUUGCAGCCUCUCCAUCAGCUCAGAGCCCAGCUGAUAGCCCGGACUGGGCAUUCAACCAGGUUUUAGUCCGUCCUUUUGUAGAAGUUUCUUUUCAGCGAACAGUCUGCCGGACAACAACAGCAGAAGGUCCAAACCCCAACUGGAAUGAGGAACUUGAGCUUCCAUUUAGAGCUCCUAAUGGUGACUACAGCACCCAUAGUUUGCAGUCAGUGAAGGAUGAAAUCUUUAUUAACGUUUUUGAUGAAGUACUUCUUGAUGCUGGAGAGGAUGAUCAUGAAAGAGGAAAUGGAAUCUGCACUCGUGUUGAGAGACGCUGGCUGGGAUGUGUUAAGAUUCCAUUUACUACCGUAUAUUUUCAAACCAGAAUUGAUGGUACGUUUAAGGUGAAUAUUCCUCCAGUCCUCCUUGGCUACAGCAAAGAAAAGAACCUGGGAAUCGAGAGAGGUUAUGAUUCUGUGCGAAAUCUGAGUGAGGGCUCAUAUAUAACACUGUUCAUUACCAUUGAACCACAGCUCAUUCCUGGAGAGCCAGUCAGAGAGAAGAUGAAUGAAAUGCUUAAGAAGUUUGAUACCCAAGAAGAUGAGAAAUUGCUCCAGGCAGCAGAAAAGUAUGAAGCUGAAUGUACAUCAAUGUUUCCAAGCCGCCAAUGCUUAACAACAGUGAUUGACCUCAGUGGGAAGACAGUUUUUAUUACCAGAUAUAUCAAACCUCUGAAUCCACCAGAGGAGCUUCUUGAUGCUGUCCCAAAUAGUUCUCAAACAGCAGCAGAAUUGGUGGCUCGAUACGUUGCUUUGAUUCCUUUUUUGCCAGACAGUGUGUCAUUUGCUGGAAUUUGUGAUUUAUGGAGUACGUCAGACCAAUUUCUUUAUCUUCUGGCGGGAGAUGAAGAAGAACAUGCUGUGCUCUUGUGUAAUUAUUUUCUUGGUAUGGGGAAAAAAGCCUGGCUUAUCAUUGGAAAUGCUAUUCCUGAGGGACCAACUGCAUAUGUAUUAACUUUGGAACAAAGCCAAUAUGUAAUCUGGAAUCCCAGUACUGGAUGUUUUUAUGGGCAGUAUGAUACUUUCUGCCCCUUACAAAAUGUGUACUGUCUGAUCAGCUGUGAUAAUAUUUGGUUUAAUAUGCAAGAGUAUGAUGCCCCAGUAUGGAUAAAUUUUGACAUCAGCAGAACAAAACACUGGAAGUCUUUCUUUUCAAGAAGCUUGCCAUACCCUGGUCUCCACAGUGUUCAGCCUGAAGAAUUGGUUUAUCAGCAUUCAGACAAGGCUGCUGCAGUGGAACUACAAGCCAGAAUUGAAAAAAUAUUAAAAGAGAAGAUUAUGGAAUGGAGACCAAGGCACCUAACUCGUUGGAACAGAUACUGCACCUCUACCUUACGUAACUUUUUGCCGCUGCUGGAACAAAACCAAGGCAAAAAUGUAGAAGACGACCAUCAGGCAGAGCUCCAAAAGCAGCUAGGAGAUUACAGGGUCUCCGGAUUUCCUAUUCAUAUGCCAUUUUCUGAAGUAAGACCUUUAAUAGAAGCUGUACACAGCACUGGAGUUCAUACAAUUGAUAUUUCCAAUGUUGAAUUUGCUCUAGCCGUGUAUAUUCAUGCUUAUCCCCAAAAUAUUCUCUCUGUAUGGAUUUAUGUUGCUUCACUUGUUCGAAAUAGGUAGUAUAGACCAGUCAGAAUACCUGAAGAAAUUUGCUUAUGUAGGGGUAAAUAUAACAGAUUUCUCCCACUGCUGCUUUGAGGUAGCCCAAGGAUUUUAAAAACCACGUGACAACCUGAUUUUUAGUAGCUGCAAACACAUGAGCUUUAGUCACCCUGCAACCACUGAAGAUACUAACGUAUUACUGUUAAGGAAGAGACUGACAGCUUAAAGUUCCAGUACUAAUAGGUGGGGUUUAUACACUAUUUUAAAGCUCCCCGUGGCACAUGUCACUCCUAAAAGCAUUACAUGUGUCCAGUGUGAUGGUGAUACAGUGACAGUGCAGAGUAAAACGGUAGAGUUCAGCCGCCUUAUCUUCAGGUGAAAGCUGGUUCCUGGAAUUGUGCCUUGAAGACUAUGUUUUUAGCUAGUCACUUUAUUUUACCUACAGACCUUCUUCAAAGACACUGGCAAAUACAAAUACUUAACAGUUUUCCAGUACCUUAAUUCCUGAAUCAAGAUCAGGACUGUUUAUCCAUAAACAAAUUUUAUGCACCAAGGAGCCGUCAAGUGAAGGCCAUACUUCAAUUUUUAAGAGGCUUCUUCAUCUGCUAUUCUAUGCUUAGCAUCUGUAUAAUGCUAGCACCAUUUAGAGGUGUAAAACAAUGUUUUCUUUAGAAGUUAAAGACAAAAGUAUUUAAUAAAUAUUUAUACCAAAACUUAAGUGGAGGCAAAUUCAUUUUAUAGAAGACUUCAAACCACUUUAAGGAUUUCAUACUCCAUCUGCAAGUUACCCUAGUAAAAGAUUAUUGAAAGAACAGCUUAGUACAAAUCAAAUUUGCAUAUUAGUAUCAAAAUAGUGGUGUUAACUGUUAAUAUCAAUAUAAAUACACUGCAUUUACUGCAGUUAUCUUGCUAAUCAAACUCUUUCAAGUGAAAGUGAUCGUGUGGUGAGCUUAGGAAGAACAAGCAUCAGAAUUUACCAAAGUUAAGAUUAUUCUUGAGCUUAACUCCAAACCAGAUUCAGUCCAAUGAAUUCUAGAACCAAAACCUUUGGCUUAGAGCCUAGGGUUGUUGCCACAGGUUCCGCUCUGUAAACCUCCAGCAGAAAGGAGUAGCUACAUUGUCAUCACAUGAUGCCUUGCUGAACAACAUUGAUGACAUCUCCCCAGUUUAGUCCAGCUCACCUUCAGAGAAGGGUGUAGAAGAAACACCAUGUAAGCAAACAGAAUGUUCUGCAGCCGAUUCAGUCCUCCGCUGUCUCCACCAGUCUGCACAGAAACCACCACCUAGCAGCAAGGAGGACCACUAGCUGCACCUUCCCAGCCGCAGAAGCCAGUGUUCUGAAAGGGCAAAUACAAGAAGGCCCACUGUGUACCUUGUUACGGCACACAUCUUGCCUCAGCACUGUGUGAACAGCCAUGUGUCUACUCUAACCUUUGGGCGCUCAAGUAAAUUUAAUGCAUCUUACUUGAAGCAACAGUUGCUGGAAUAAUGGUAUCCUUUUAUACCUCUUCUGCAGGCUUCCAGCUGAGCACUAUACAUUCUGCCUCUAGAUCACAGGCAGCUGUUAACCACAAACAGCCAACUCUGCACCAACUCCACAUUCACUAGUAUUUUUCUUACCUUAAUACUCUUCAGUAUUGGUGGGAGCAAGAUGCUCUCAAAACAUGCCUUUUAUUGUAGUCUCCACUACACCUGCAAGCUGACUUCCCACACACCCUGACUGCUGUCCUAAAUAAAUACUACUCAAAAGAAUUUAUCCAAUUACUGAAACAGGUAAGAAUGACAUAUUGCCUGCCUUCAAAAUUACACAGGAUGGGGGGGAAAAAAAAACCCAACAAAAUACCAAACUGCCUGCCUUUAUAGAGUUGCCACCUACCCCCCUCCUUUGCCCAGGAAAAAAAGCACCUGCAACUGUGUCGCUCAUGAGCAGGUGGCCAUUAACCUUUGCAACUUCACAGGGGCUGCAAUAGACACUUCCUCUUGCCAUAGGCUCUUCCCCUUGCCACCCACACACUCGCACACUACUCAUACAUAACUCGCUUUGUCUUCCUAGCAUGGCUUUCACGUAGCCCAACAAUGGAUUCUUUGCCUCCCUGCUAGUCUCUGCUGUUUAGUAAGGGGUCUUUUAUAAAAAUCAAAGCAACAGGGAAAACAUCUUGUUGUCCUCCACAGAUUUGAUAUGAAUGAAAACUGACUUCCUUGGAAGCUGUUUCAAAAAUGCAUUUAACACAAUCAUGGGAACAAAAAAACCCAAAACACCCCCCCACCCCCACAUAUUGCAAGGUUCACAGCUCUGCAACCACCAUAUGCCCGCCCACCCACCCACCCUCUGCAGCCUAUUGGCAUGGUACGCCUGGCUAUCACACCUUAAAAGCACAUAUAUUCAACUGCUACAUACUUUUUUUUUUGUUGGUGGGAAUGUUUUAUUUGAGUAUGUCUUUCAAGCCCAAAUACAAAACCAAAUGCAAAAGGAAGGUGGGAAUUUCCCUAAUUUUGAAAUACAAAGAAUGACUUCAGGAUGAGAGGAAAGGGGAAGAAACAAGGCUCCUAAAGAUGUAUAACUGUUACCCAAAUGCAAACAAUACAUUUCCAAUUCUCUGCAGAGCUUUAUGUUGUACUUAUGGAUUCAAAAUAAAAAACCAUUCACUUAACACAAAAUAAUCCAGUAAAGUAUAUUUAAGUGCCAAACUUGGAAGAAAGUGGCAUUAAAAAAAAAAAAAAAAGAAUGUUUUCCCAUCUUCCCCAAAUUAAGUAGAACAAACC